UGGGUAAAAUGAAUAUUUUCUAUAAAAGGAGGCCGCAACUCUCCCCCAAUAGUUCAUCCUUGAGAAAACGAAUAUGAUCGAGGAAGGAAGCAAUCGAGCACCACCCGAGGAGGUAGGAGACAUCGUUUCGCUUCUCUCCACCGAGGAGAGGGACUUCCUCAUCCGGAAAAAUGGCGACAAGGUGGCUAUUGGUAGUCUUGAAGGGAAAGUGAUUGCUCUUUACUUUGCAGUCUCAGGGAGCAGACCGUUCACUCUUAGGCUGAUUGAAGUGUAUAGUGAGCUCCGCUCCUUGGACAAUAACUUUGAAAUUAUUUUUGUAACUGAUGAGACAAACGAGGACUACUUUGAUGAGGAUUUCUCAGAAAUGCCAUGGUUAGCAAUCCCAUUUUCUGACACUUGGAUGAGGGGAAAACUUGAAAAUAUUUUCUUAGCCACCAGCCUUCCCAACCUUCCCAACCUUGUCAUCCUUGAUGCCAAUGGGAAGAUUCUUAAUAGAAAAGGUGUUCAAGCUGUAAAAGGAUAUGGUUCAGAGGGUUUUCCAUUUACUGUCGAAAAGAUCAGAAAAUUGAGAGAGGAAAUGGAGAAUGCUAAGAAGGACCAAACUCUUCGCAGUGUCUUGGUUUCAUCUUCUCGUGACUACUUGAUUGCAAAUGAUAGAUCUAAGGUUUCUGUUUCAAAUCUCGAAGGAAAAAUAGUGGCUUUGUACUUCGCAUGCAGGCGUUAUGCUUGUUGCAAUGUGUUUACUCCAGUAUUUGCAGAAAUCUAUAGGAAGCUCAAGGAAAUUGGAGAGAGCUUUGAGGUUGUGCUAGUGCGCUUGGACGGCGAAUCUGAUUAUGAUGUUGCCAUAGAAAGCAUGCCUUGGCUUGCAUUUCCUUUCAAUGACAACCGCGGUGAAAAGCUUUUUUGCUAUUUUGAUCUCCAGGAAAAUAACCAUCAUGCUAUCAUCUUGAUUGGACCGAAUGGGAAAACUAUGAAUGUUGAUUUAAUUGAACUUAUUAAAGAGUAUGGCUUUGAUGCAUGGGAAGCUUUCCCGUUUUCUCAGGAGAAGUUGCAUGAGUUUUCAGAGAAAGAAAAGGCCAAACUUGAGUCACAGACACUCGAGUCACUUCUUGUUUCAGGUGAUCUGGACUAUGUCAUUGGCAAAAACGGAUUGAAGGUUCCGAUAAAAGAGCUUGUUGGAAAGACCAUCCUCCUAUACUUCUCAUCAAUGUGGAGGUGCGGCAAUUACCUCCCUAAACUGGUCGAAGAGUAUCACGAGAUCAAGAAUGUGGAUAGCGAAUUUGAGAUGAUCUACAUCUCCGGCGAUUAUGAUCAGGAUUUAUUUAACAAAGUCUUCUUACGCAUGCCAUGGUUGGCACUGCCGUUUGGUGAUGAGAGACAGGAAUCUUUGAACAAACGUAUAUUCAAAAUCGGUUACCCCCAGAAUUGUACCCUGGUUGCUAUAAGUCCCACAGGGCGAAUAAUUACUAAAGAAGCCAAGGAGUUGUUCAUGAUACAUGGAACUGUCGCUUACCCAUUCACUGAGGAGAGGAUCAAAGAGUUGGAGCAUCUUAAAGAAAUGGCAAAGGGGUGGCCUGAGAAGAUAAAGCUUGACCUCUAUGAUGAGCAUGAACUUGUCCUUACCGGUUGCUUUUCUUAUGACUGUAACGGCUGUAGAGAGAUGGGACAUAAUUGGUCCUACCGUUGCGAACAGUGUGAAUUCGACCUGCACCCAAAAUGUGCACUGAACCAAAAAAAGAAGGAAGAGGGAGAAAAUGACGAAGCGCAUGGUGAAGUGGCAGAGGAAGAAUAUGUGUGUGAUGGUGAGGUAUGUAUCUUGGAAAGAAAAGAGUAAUCUAAUGUGCCUUGUUCAUGUUAUAGUAA